CCGUAUAACGUAUUUACGCGCAGCGCUCUUGUCUCCGUCGACAACCGGCCCCCGCUCCCCCGCGCCGCCCACUGCUGUGUACGCGCACACACGAAUGAUCGUCGUUCCCGGUUGUUCCACACCUAGCGCGCCAAUUUUUCGUCGUGUUUAUGUUAUUUUUGAUUUUUUUUUUUCUCUCAUUUUCAGUGUUUUCACGUAUCACUCGCGCCAGUCGCCACGAACGUCGAUAAUUACGCGUAAGUCGUUUUGUACUCGUUUCGACGUGAAUAAUUACCGUAUAGGUCCUUCGGUCGAUUCAGUAGCAGCGUAUACCGCGCAAAAUAUCGUCGUUGGCGGCGGCUAUCUCACAUUUUAUUUUAUUGUUAUUGUUAUUAUAAUAUUAUCAGAAUAUUACCCCCUAACCAGUAUCACCCGCACCGCCGACAUCGCAAGACUUAGCUACGACUGCAUAGGGAACUGAUAGAGAAUCAUCACGGCGACCAAUACAGCGUACCCGGUUUACUACGCACGGACACGUUUACUACGCACAGAUAUAUCAAUUAAACAAGCAACAUGGAUCUUGGAACAUUAGAUAGCCUUACUUUCUAUCAAGACUGUAUAGACUUUGACAUGAAAAGUGACUAUGACCGUGUGUUAUCAAGUAAUAGUUUCAACUAUGAUGAUUCAUUGUCAUUGAAUGAUGACAAUAUGAUGUCCAUGAUGGAUCCGCUCAAUUCUGGAUUAUGGCUCAAUUCCGAUUCUGAUUCUCAUCAUUUAGACUUUAUGGAAGGCGAUUUAGAAUCAGCUAUCAUGGUUAAUCCUAAUUCUGUAAUACCAUCAUCUGCUGCAGCUGCAGAAAUUAAAAUUAAAGAUGAGCCAAUUGAUGUACCAAAUUCACCAAAAACAUACUUUCCUAUUACAAUUAAAAAAGAGGAGCUUGACUCAGUAGAACCUCAAGAUGUUAUGAUUAAGUUUCCUGAAAUUAAUCCAGAAAAUAUAAAUGUAAAAUCUGAAAAUUUGCCAUUAGAAAUAACUAAAAUGGAAGAACUCAAACCCAUACCAAAAGCUAUUAGGCUAUCUGAUUUGUUAAGUCAAACAUCAAGUACUGGUCAACAGAAGACAGAAUUAAUGACUGUACGUGUAACAAUGCCAUCAGCUUUACCUACCCUAAAGACAACUGUAACAUCUAGGACGGUUCCAAUUUCUUUUGUCAAUAAUACUAUUUCUGGGCAUUACAAAAUUGUUAGGCCUAAGCAGCAAAUAAAACCAAUUCAAUCGAGAAUCAAUGGCAACAAAAUUAAUGAAAGUAUGGGUCUUUAUCCAAGACCUACUUAUUCCUACUCAUGCUUAAUUGCUAUGGCAUUAAAAAACUCAAGUUCUGGAUCUUUACCAGUUUCAGAAAUUUAUAAUUUUAUGUGUAAACAUUUUCCGUAUUUUAAGACUGCCAGUAGCGGAUGGAAAAAUUCUGUUCGUCACAACCUUAGUUUGAAUAAGUGUUUUGAAAAGAUUGAAAAACCAAUUGGUAGUACAGGUGCCCCAAGAAAGGGAUGUUUAUGGACAAUGAAUCCAAGCAAAAUAUCAAAAAUGGAUGAUGAGAUGCAAAAAUGGUCGCGUAAAGAUCCCUCUGCAAUUAGACGUGCAAUGCUCAAUCCUGAACAUUUGGAUUUACUGGAACGUGGCGAGAUGAAUGAAAGUUAUGAUCGGCGAGACGGUUGUUUUUUUGAUGAUGAAGAAGAAGAAGAGGAGGAGGAAGAAAUAAUAAGUCAAGAAAUGACAUCGGAAGAUGAUAGAGUCAGUGAUGUUGAAGAGGAAUCUGAUAAUGAAUCAAGAAUUGAUAAAGAUGAUUCACCAUAUCAACUAAUAACAUUUGGCCUGGAUGAUUUAGCUAACCUUAAUGAACUUGGCAAUGAUGUUGAUGAUGAAGAAGAAAUUGAAGAGAAUUCAAAUGAUGGCAGCUUUGGCAUUGAACCAUCAGAGUACAAAACAAACUUUGAUGAUUUGAUAUCUGUUCAAGAUAUGCCUAUGACAUAUGUAGUUCAACCCCCAAAUAAGACUGUAAUCAACAAUAAACGGCCGUUUCAACAACCUUUAUUCAAGGGUAGUUAUGUAUUGACUAAAAAUGUUACUUCAAGUGUACCGAGCCCAAAGCGAAAAUUCAUCAGUAGGCCAGUAUCAAUAUUAAGAAAUAUUUAAUAUGAAUGUUUGAUGUAAUACAGGAAUAACUUGCAGGCCUUAAUUAGUUGCAAUAUUGGUAAGGUGCAUAACUCGUUCUGAUGCCCCAAUUUUAAACGUGUGAAUAUAAUUUUGGUACCUUUGAGUCUGAAUAGUCAAAUUAUAAUGAAUUACAUAUCAAGCAAAUUAUGUAAUAUACAUUUCUACCAUUUUAUUUUAUUGGGGAUAUUCAUGAUUAUUGCAAACAAUUAUAAUCA